UUUUCCUCGUGCUCUCUGUAUUGUGAACUGGCAUCUCCUCUGAAUCGCUUAGCCCAGCACACAUCAUACACACCCCUUUUUGUCCGCCAAGAUGAUGCGCCUUGCCCGAGUUUCCCGUGUCGCCGCUGCUGCUCGCCGCGUGCACACUGCUCGCGUCACCCUUGCUUCCGACCCGGCCAAGGUUGAACAGAAGCUUCAGGAGAUUACCAAGUCUUCCGAUCCCAAGGACAGCCAGGACGGCUAUGGCGUGACUGGCCGCGUUCCCGACAACCACGAGCAGGCAACCGGCCUGGAGCGCCUUGAGCUUCUCGAGCUCGCCAAGGGCAACACGGAUCCCUUUGGCCUUGAGGGCAUCAAGUGGGGCCCCGCCGGCACCAAGGCCGAGCCCCGCGAGAUCCCCUCCCACUUUGACUCUCGCCUCGUCGGCUGCUGCUGCGACCCCGAGUCUGAGCUUGUCAAGUACUUCUACGUCAAGGGUGGUGAUGCCCAGGCCUGCCCCUGCGGCCAGCAGUACUUUAAGCUUGUCAAGACCGAGGACAAGGUCUCGUGGUAAACACGCGACGCCUGCUUUCCUCGCUUGUCGUUUGUGGUUGACCUGAGUCUUUGCUUGCUUCGGUUGUUGUGGCGGUUGGGGCAGGUCCGUCCACCCUGCCUUUGCCCCCUUUUCCUUUCCCUUUUUCUCGGCUCCCUUCUUCUCUCUUGUCUCUCUGUUCUUGAUGAUCUACUAAACUCCAACGCAAGCCAGCGCUUGUGUGUUGUGUGCGUGCGCGCGUCUUGCUGUGUCUCGUCUUAUCGCCCUGUCGUUUUUUUCUGUUCGUCCGUCGUGUUGUCCAUCGUGCAGCUGCGUGAUAUGAAAGCCUCGUUUGUAGUUCCCUGUCAGCUAUCGUGUGUGUGUGUGUGUUGUGUUGUGUGAUGCAGUCAAUCAAACGAAACCCUUUGUGACACAA